AUGGAGCCGCUCGAUAUAGCGAUCACGGUCGUGAUGUUCUGUCUCGUGGUGUACUUGCUCAUCGAACGCCGGUUUCAGUACUGGACGCAACGUGGUGUUCCGCAGUCGAAACCGGAACUGAUUUACGGCAACGCACGGGAAAUGAGCCGCACGAUACACAUUGCCGACAAGCUGAGGGAGAUGUACCACGAGCUGAAGGGCCAGCAUCCGCUCGGGGGCUUCUAUUUGUUCUUCAAGCCCGUCGCUCUCAUCACCGACCUGGAGCUACUGAAGUGUGUGUUUGUGAAGGACUUUCAGUACUUUCACGAUCGGGGUACGUACUACAACGAGAAACAUGAUCCCCUCUCGGCCCAUCUGUUCAAUAUCGAGGGCCAAAAGUGGAAGAAUCUGCGCACCAAACUAUCACCCACCUUCACGUCGGGCAAGAUGAAGAUGAUGUUCGGGACGAUCGACGCGGCCGGGAAACAGUUUCGGGACUUUAUGGAAGAAACGGUGCACAAGCAAGACGAGCUGGAGCUGAAGGAUCUGUUGGCCCGCUUCACGACGGACGUGAUCGGAAUGUGCGCGUUCGGGAUCGAGUGCAACAGCAUGCGCAAUCCGGAUGCCGAAUUUCGCGUGAUGGGAAGAAAGAUCUUCCAGCGACCGCGGGGCAAGGUGAAGGCGUUCAUGAUGAACACCAUGCCCAAGCUGGCGAAGGCUAUCGGAUUGAGCACCACGCAUCCGGAGGUGUCCGCUUUCUUUUUGAAUGUGGUGCGCGAUACGAUCAAAUAUCGCGUGGAAAACAACGUUCAGCGCAACGACUUUAUGAACUUGCUGAUCGGGAUGCGCAGCGAUAAGGAGGGCAAGUCGGACGAUGAGACCCUGUCGUUCAACGAUAUCGCAGCGCAAGCAUUCGUGUUUUUCUUGGCAGGAUUUGAGACGUCCUCAACGCUGCUCACCUUUACGCUGUACGAACUGGCCCUACAGCAGGGGGUACAGGAGAAGGGCCGACAGUGCGUUCAGGACGUGCUCAAGCGUCAUGACGGGCAGCUAAGCUACGAGUCCGUCCUGGAGAUGCACUAUUUGGACCAAAUUUUGAAAGAGACCCUCCGCAAGUAUCCGCCGGUUCCGGUUCACUUCCGUGUCACCUCUAAGGAGUAUCAGGUGCCGGGAACCAAAACGGUUCUCGCUGCCGGUACCUCCAUCAUGAUUCCCGUGUACGCGAUCCACCGGGAUCCGGAACACUUUCCCGAUCCGGAGCGUUACGAUCCGGAGCGCUUCGGCCCGGAAGAGGAAGCAAAGCGCCACCCAUACGCGUGGACCCCGUUCGGCGAGGGUCCCCGGAUUUGCGUUGGGCUGCGGUUCGGCAUGAUGCAAGCGCGCAUCGGAUUGGCCUAUCUGCUGAACAGUUUCCGCUUCUCGCGCGGUUCCAAAACGCCUGUGCCGCUAAAAUUCGAUGUUAAAUCGUUCAUUCUAUCCACGGAGGGUGGCAUGUGGUUGAAGGUACAAAAGCUGAAGUAA